AUGAACGGAAUGAUCGCCUCGCCGUUUGCCCACGGCCUGACGCGCAGAGACACUACCUGGAGUAAAUCUUCGGGCGCGGGCCAUUCCAGUCAGGAGAAUGCCCAUGGAGGCAGCGGUGGGAUACCUCCCCUUCCUUCUGCAUCGGGUGGUGGCACACUCGGGCCGCAGAGCGCCAGCGCAAUCUACCAACAUAUCCAUGACAUAGCUGCGAAACGAAUAUCGACUCUGGACUAUUUGCGUAAAGCGUCAGUCGACAUCUAUCCGCUUUGGUUUGCUUCAGUUGUGAAACUCAUUUUGAAAGACAGUCACGAAGGCCGAGUCUAUUGGUUCAAUACGGUUCAUUUUUCGAAAGCAGAUCUCAUGCGCAUGCCCUACUUUGAUUCGCGAAAGCUUUCCCGUCGCGCAAUCAAUUACCUGCUCCUUGGACUUUCUCUUCCUCCGAUCCUUGACGUAAGCUCGACGCCAUUUGAGUAUCUCCGCUCCCUUCACGCUCUACUACUUGAGUUUGAGACUUUUCAACAAGCGCAUCCGCCGGACGGUAGUUCGUCUUCGACCCUUGUUCGAGCAAGAAUACCGCAGAUGUUCAAAAGGGCAACGCAUGCCGGCAACAAAGCCAGGAGGACGAGCUCUGCCACGGAGAUUGGCUUACCUAUGCAUUUUAGCGACUCUUCGGAUGUCAAGGCCAUGACCGGGAAUCUGGCGUCUUCAGCGACGGCGGCUUCAGCGGUCACAUCCUUCCCCAGUGCAGACUCCUCAGACCUUCUCCCUGGAGAAGAAUACUCAUACCUUCUAACACCUUCCCUGCCUUUCGACCCUGACUUCUUUGAGACAUUUGCAACGCUAUGUGAUGUGUUGAUUGAUUGCUAUACCAGGCUUGUGACCCUGGUGUCUAGUCCUGCUGUUUGCACAGCUGCAUUAGGAGAGCUGUUCACCAAGACUGACGCGAAGCUUCGGAAAAUCAUGGUUGCUGGAGUAGUGCGAGAGUUUGAGGAUGCCAGCAGGAGCGGCGCAAAGAACGAGAUUGCGGGAGUUAGUCGUGUUGUUUUAGGGGGACUUCUAGGCUAA